AUUAAAAAAAAUAACCCAACUCUUCCAGUGAGAGACGACACUCUUACACUCUCUCCCUCCCCAAAUCACAACCUUCCCUUCACCUACUUCUCUCUCUCUCUCUCUCUCUCAAAACCCAUUACCGUCACAGGCACUUUCUCUCUCAUCCCCAGCUCCGAAAGCAUGCCGAAAACUCACCUGUCGAUUCCACAUUCCCUUCCGAUUUCUUGAAUCUGCAGUAGUUUUCCUCUCUCGGCCAUGGAUGGUAUUUGAUAUUUCUGGGUUUCUUAGCUGAAAAAGAAACAAAGAAAGAAAAAGGAAAAAACCCUUUCUUUCUCUCUCUUCGAGGCAAUGUGAGGAGAGAGAGAGGGGGAUUUCAGACCCAGGGCCUACUAUGAUGGUGGCUGCCAUUUCCGAAGCAACGAAGUCAUCCUCCCAGCAAAACCCCUCCAGACCUCCAUUGUUGCCUUCCGAGAAGAACAAUGGCGGUCUUGUCACUAAGAAACAACCCAGAGGCAGACAAGUCUCUUCCAGGUACAUGUCUCCUUCCCCUUCUUCUUCUUCUUCCACUUCAACCACAACCACCACCGCCACCACCACCACAACGACGUCGUCGUCUUCCUCGUCUUCCUCCAGAAGAUGCCCUUCUCCGCUGCUUUCUCGCUCCACCAAUUCGGCUUCUUUGGCCUCUGCGACGCCGUUUUCCUCCAAGCGCUCCCAAUCGGUGGACCGGAGGCGUCCCGUGACCGCGGCGGCGACGCCGAGGCCGAAGACUCCUCUCCAAGGCAAUGCCGGAGGAGGAGAAGAAGUAUCGGCGGCGACGAAGCUUCUCGUAACUUCGACGAGGAGUUUGUCGGUUUCUUUCCAAGGAGAGGCCUUUUCGCUUCCGAUUAGCAAGACCAAGCCGACGACGCCGAGCGGAGCGAGGAAGGCGACGCCGGAGCGGCGGAGAACAACGCCGUUACGGGGAGGGGAGAGAGAUCAGUUGGAGAACUCCAAGCCCGGCGAUCAGCACCGCUGGCCGGCGAGGACGCGGCAAGGGAACUCAAAUUCGAGCAAUUCGAAUCCGCUGUUGUCGAGAAGCGUCGAUUUCGGGGCGGGAGGAGACGGCAGGAAGCUCAACGGGUUCAGAUCUGGGACGGUGGUUAGGGCAUUGCAGCAAUCUCUGCUAGAUGAGACGAGAAGGUCUUCGUUUGAUGGAAGAUUGAGCUUGGAUUUGGGAAGCGCCGAGCUUCUAAAGGUGAAUUCGUCCAACAACGAGUCUUCUGCGCCGUCUGAUCUCACUGCCUCCGAUACAGACAGCGUCUCUUCCGGUAGUACUUCGGGAAUGCAAGAUGCUAAUGGUGUUUCCAAGGCGAGGACGGGAACUCCUAGAGGAAUUGUGGUCUCGGCGAGGUUUUGGCAAGAGACUAAUAGCCGAUUGAGGCGUUUGCAGGAUCCGGGCUCCCCGUUGUCGACCAGUCCGGGUUCGAGAAUGGGAGCUCCGGCGAAGUUCGUUCAGUCGAAGAGGUAUUCGGGCGAUAUCAACCCAUUGUCGUCUCCAAGGACAAUGGCUUCACCAAUUAGAGGGGCGAAUCGGCCUGCUUCGCCAAGUAAGCUGUGGACUUCCUCGUCAAUGCCGUCGCCGUCGAGAGGGAUGUCACCAUCGAGAGGGAUUGCGAGUCCUUCGCGGGUGAGAAAUGGGGUUGCAGGGUCGAUGAAUGGUAGUUACGGGGGCAACACGCCGUCGAUUCUGAGCUUUUCGGUCGAUAUUCGGAGAGGGAAGAUGGGGGAGGAUCGUAUUGUUGAUGCACACAUGUUGAGGCUUCUGUAUAACCGUUAUUUGCAGUGGCGGUUUGUGAAUGCGAGAGCAGACGCCACCUUCAUGGUGCAGAAACUGAACGCAGAGAAAAAUUUGUGGAAUGCAUGGGUAACAAUCUCAGAGCUUCGGCAUUCUGUCACGCUUAAAAGGAUCAAGUUACUAUUGUUGAGGCAAAAGUUGAAGCUUACUUCUAUCAUCAAAGGACAAAUUACUUAUUUGGAAGAUUGGGCCCUUUUAGAUAGAGAUCAUUCUAGUUCCUUGCUUGGAGCAACUGAAGCUUUAAAGGCCAGCACUCUUCGUCUUCCAGUUGUUGGGAAAACAGUAGCUGACAUUCAAAAUCUGAAGGAUGCUGUGGGUUCAGCGGUCGAUGUGAUGCAGGCAAUGGCAUCUUCAAUAUGCUCUCUUUCUACGAAGAUUGAGGAAAUGAACUCCUUGGUGGCUGAACUUGUGAAGGUGAAUGGGAAAGAGCGGAUUCUGCUUGAACAGUGCAAAGAUUUUUUGUCAACAUUAGCAGCCAUGCAGGUAAAGGAUUGUAGCUUGAGAACGCAUAUAAUACAACUUCAUCGCGUACCAACUACCAGCAGCCUGACAACACGUGUGUAGAACUGAUCUUAUUUUGACUAAACUCACUCUUAUGCUAACAACAUUACACCGAUCCUUUUCUUUUACUACCGAGGUGGAGGCGGCACGGGGAGUAAUAAGCAUAUCAUGGAUUAAGAUUAGUAGCUGGUUUUGGCUUCUCAUUAGGCAUCUUUUUGUAACCUGUUGUGGUCUUCUAUGUCAUGCAAAUCUCAUGUGUCUUGAAUCUGAAUCCGAAGAAGAAUACGAAAGGAAAAAAGAAAUGGCCUUUUCUAUCUCACUAGUUAGCUGUAUUAUACAAGUACUCUUUUUCCUUCAGAGGCAAGAGGAAAUGUAUAUGUAUAUAUGUAAUUGUCCUGAUCACUGUUAAUCAAGUAGUUUGUGGUAAAGAUUCUUCAUUCGUCCCCUGAACGUGCUGUCGAGUGCUCCCAAUGUUGUUGGAUGAAACCUAGGCUAGAAUUGAUGCUGUCACAUACAUGACUACACUGUAUGUAAGCACUAUAGUCUUAUGGUAUCACACCAUUUAAGC